GAUGAAAGUAAACUUCGUGUGGUGUUUACCUUCAGAGAACAGCGAUAAAAGCGACAGAGGUACAUUGAAUACGAGUCAUAAGACCAACUAUACCUCCUAUAGCACUAUCUUUCAUGGCUGCAGUAUUACCCAAGAAUCUCGGAAUUUAAGGCGAGCAGCGAUGCCAAUAUGGAACAGGGAAACCCCCCUCAAUCUGAGUUGGUCAUCAUAUAUAGAGAAAUAAGCAACGAAGCAAAGUGUUCUCUGUCUCCAUAAGUAAAAAGCGAAUAAAAAUGCCUUGGAGUCACGCUAAAAGACAGAGGUUAGCCGCAGAAAAACGCGAGCUAGAACGGUACUUUCCUGGUUGUGUGGAAUGGAUCGAUCCAACUAGCGAUACAAAAGUGCAAGUCAGGAUGAAAACGAACAACAACAACCCAUACACUCUACGAGUUUACAUCGGCGACUUUCCAAAUUCAGUUCCUGUCAUGGUCGUUGUCUCCUCACCCAAACCAAUGCCUGAUUGGAACGGUAGCUACACUAAUCACACUUUAAGAAGAACAGAUGGGUAUUUGACCAUUUGCCAUCACCACAAUAGUCAGUGGACGGAUCGUUUGUCGCUGUACGAAGUGUUUAUGAAAGGAAGAAUCUGGCUUGAAGCCUACGAAGGUCAUUUGAGAACAGGCCAGCCGAUGAACUAUUUUCUUCGAGAAAUGGCAAGCAUGCCGAAUUGCCAGUUUAUGUAAGGCAAGCGGGCAAGUUUCCCUUUGUGAUUUACGACGUUUGACAAGUAAAUUUACUUAAAUUAGUAAAAAAAUGUAAAAAUAUAAGUUUCAUGGGUUUUGAACCGCUUCAAGAUGUGUAGUUGUAAGUUUUCUGAGCAUUGUAAAUAAUUUUAUUAAUUAAUAAUAGA